UUCAAAUAACUGUUCCAUCUCAUUUCAUGCCGAAAUAUUCAUGCGCACCUAUGACGUAACAGCCUAUCUGGAAAGCCCCUUUUUGCUUGUCUCCGUAAAACCAAAACAAUGCAUAUUUAUGUAAAAUUGUUCAAAGGAAACGAUUUUCAAGUAGCCGUUUCCUCGGGCCAGACUGUGCAAGGAUUGAAAGAAAUUCUGGCCAUGCAGAUUGCAAUUCCUGUUGAGGAACAGAAACUGGUCUUCAAAGGAAAAGCUUUAGCAGAUGACAAUCGGUUGAGUUUUUACAACGUUCAAGAGGGAGACAGGUUGUUCCUUUUCACCAAGAAGUCUGAUAAAGCUGGUACCCCCUCUCCUGGGAAUGUUCCAAAAUUUGCUGCAGACCUGUCAUGUUGUACCACCACUGCCCUCUGGGACAAAUUAAGAGUUUUCUUACAGAGACAUUUCACACCACAGGAUGUAGAGAAGGUCCUUAUUGAAUUCCAGAAAGACUUCAAUUCCAGGAUGCAGAAAUUAAGUUUAGAUGACAUUGAACGAUUUGCCAUUACCAAGCUCAGACAAACAAAUGGAGUUGCUGAAGUCAGCUAGGAAUGAAUAAUUGGACAAGCUGCCAGACUUUUUUAUCUGUGAUUUUUAAAUCAGAUAAUAUGUCUUAAUAGUUUAAGGGAGAAAAAAUUCUACUCUGGUUUUACUUGCAAUUUGCUUCUGAGACUAUUUUAAUAUUCAUUUUUAGUUUCUCAGGCAAAAAAGUAAAAAUCAUAUAUAUAUUAAUAGAUAUAAUGCUGCAGUCAUGUUUUUUUUUAAUGAAAGGGAAUAACUCUCAGUUUUCUUUUUAUAUUUCUUUAAAUUGAGUUAUUCCCAUUUCAAGGUACAGUUUGUGACAAAAUGAGGCAUUACCCAUGAGCAUUGAUAAUCAUAUUUUUGGAAAAUGAUUUUAUUUUUUUCUGCAGACACAGAUUCAAGUUAAAUGAUAUGAUUUGAACCUAAUGUGUUUAAUGAUUUUAUCUUGGUUACUGGGUAGACCUGCAUUGAGAUAAAAGCUUAAUUUUUAUGGUUUAAUUUUAUAUAGACAAAGUGUAUGAUUAAUAAAUGAUGAGAUGCAUGCAUGUUGAGUCAUUGUGUGAAUUUGAGGGAAAUGUCAAGAUUGAUAGUAUAUUAUAAUCAGUACUAACAAGAGAUCUCCCUUUUUUUUUUUAGAUGAUUUAAUGCUUGUAAACUUUUAUUGUGGUUUAAUAUUUUAAAUUGUUGUGUUCAAUGUUCAAUCAUCCAUUGAUCAACUCUUGCUUAUGGAUUGAAUAAAAUUUAACCAGAAGUC